AUGACCGGAAUGGCCGUCCCCGUCGACAAUGGCCAGGACGCCAAACCUGCCAAAAACAGGCAAUUCUCCCUCUACGCAAACCGAAUCAAACCAAUCGACGACGAGCUCGAACCUCCGCCGCUCCCCCAGGCUGUGCCCGUACUGCCUCGCUGGGACUCUCUCCAAAAUGGCCCUCACCUAAUGGCCGCCAGCCCUACUGCAGACUCUUUCCCGAAGGACGUCUUCUAUGACGCUCAUGAACAGCCCAAGUCGCCCAUCUCACCCACCUUUCAAGAAGAAUUCCCUCGCAUACCCUUUGACGAGCUCUCCUCGCCGAACCCGAUGGUCUCGGCCAAGUCGUCCAACGCCGACAUGCGCCAGUCGUCUGGUUCUGUCGGCAACUUUUCCAGACCACGAAAACCGAGCAUCAAGCAGCCUCUACAGAUCAAACCUGUCGCACCAAAAGAACCAUCGCCACUACUCAAUCAGGACAUUGUCUCGCCGUGGCCGACGCGCUCCCGCACACAGUCAAACGCUUCUGUGACGUCGACAUACACCUUUGCCUCGCCUGUCAACGCCUUUGAUCUGUCUGCCCCUUCGUCUCCUCGUCUCCGUACCGCUCCUCAUUCCACCGGUCAGGCAGCGCCAAACAGGCCGCCUUUUGCUACUUAUAAUCGUGUAGAUUCGUCCGUUUCUGCUCCUGUUGGCGGCGCUCCUUGGGCGGGUGGAGACGAGCUGCGGUCCAGUUUCAGGUCCCAGCUAACCACCUCCACAACCCCCGGCACGGCUGCGACCGAGCGCAGCAGUGUCAUGACAAAGGAUAGCUCCGUCAGCUCCCUGUACGCCAACGCAGACGCUGAACCCGACGAGCCCAGCAUCGAGGAUGUCAUGGUCAUGUACGAGAAGGGUUUCAGGGAUGACACUGACGACGAAGACGCCACCGACUCGGACGGCAUGCCACACAUCUCCCGACAGCUCACAACCCUGUCGGAAACGGGCCCGGCCGUUGCACGUUUUGAAGGUGAUAAUCUUCGCCCUCCCCGCCCUGUGGCACGCACUGCCCCAACCGCUCUGGACGCGGAGAUUCGCCAGUCCAAGAUGCUUUUUACAAGCCCAGCAUUUACAUCGAUGCUCCCUGCCAUUGCCGGCGACAACACGACGAUGAAGGAAGAAAUUUUCCACAAAAGAGACUCGGCCAAGUCGAUUGGCUCUGAUCCGUCGGUGGCAUCGCGUCCAGCCACAGCCGACUUGAGAGAAAUGUCGAUUGGCUCCGAUCCGUCUGUGGCGGCAGAAAAUCUACCCGUCUCUCCUGUCACUGAUACGGACUCGCAACCGAGCCCGCCGCCCUCGCAAGCCAGCCCGUCCUCGCAACCAAGCCCAUCUCCCACGCCGCCCGCGCCGUCGUAUGCCGACAUUGAAGAGCCUGGCUCCCGCGACCGCUAUGGCUUCAAGAAGCAGAGCCAGUCUGUCACGCGCGAGCAAUACGACGAGUGGAACAAGAACUAUUCACAAUAUCUGGCCCGUCGCCGCCGCAAAUGGGUUGGCUAUCUCAAGGACAAUGCUCUGCUGACCGACCGGCCGCUGCGUUUCCCGCCGCCCAACGCAAAGACGAAGCGAUUUGUCCGCAAGGGCAUUCCUCCAGAUUGGCGUGGCGCCGCGUGGUUUUACUAUGCCGGCGGUCCCGCCAUCCUGUCCAAGCAUUCUGGGCUUUAUGAGAAGCUGCUUACCGCCCACGCAAAGCAGAUUGACGUCGACGCUAUUGAGCGAGACCUGCACCGCACGUUUCCUGACAACAUUCAGUUCAAGCCCUCGCCGACCGGAUACGACGGCUCGACUUCCAGCAGCGAGCGACAGAGCCAGUCCACGCUGACGAGCAACGACAAUUCGAGCGAGUGCAGCGCCCGGGCUGUGCCUGGCGAGCCGCCCAUCAUCACUUCUCUACGACGCGUUUUGCACGCAUUUUCUAUUUACAACCCCCGCAUCGGAUACUGCCAGAGUUUGAACUUCUUGGCAGGUCUUUUGCUUUUGUUUGUCGAGACGGAAGAGCAGUGCUUUUGGCUGCUCAACGUCAUUACACACAUCUAUCUUCCCGGCACGCACGAGAUGAGCUUGGAAGGCUCCAAGGUGGACCUGGGCGUGCUCAUGGCUGAAAUCCGCGACACCAUGCCCGAGGUGUGGGAUCGAAUUGGUGGUGAAUUGGAGGAGCAGACCAACUUUAAGCCGACGCAAACACGCUCACUGCGACGUCCGCUCGGCAAGUCGCGCCACCGCGGCCAUCCCAGUCUUUCGACUGAGCGUCUACCGCCAAUCACACUGUGCAUGACGGCCUGGUUCAUGAGCUGCUUUAUCGGCACGCUGCCCAUUGAAACGACGUUGCGCGUGUGGGACGUUUUUUUCUACGAAGGCUCCAAAACGCUGUUUCGCGUCGCACUGGCCAUUUUCAAGCACGGCGAGGGCGAAAUCAAGUCGAUUUCCGAUCCGAUGGAGAUGUUUGGCGUAGUGCAGGCGCUACCGCGGAAGAUGUUGGACGCCAACCUACUGAUGGAGCAGUCUUUCAAGAAGCGCAACGGGUUCAACCACCUGAACCAGGAUGCAAUUGACGACAAACGCCGGGAGCGGCGCGACAAGGCGAAAAAGGACCGUGAGCAGACGAUGCACGGCAACGUGACGGAGACGGAGACGGUGUCUGUGGUGAGGCGGGCGACGCUGUUUGGGAAGAAGAAGCGAGCCAAGGACGUUUGA